AUGAACACAAAUAUAGAUGGAAAAAGAAAAGUUAUGUUUGCAAUGACUUCAAUUAAAGGUGUUGGUAGAAGAUUUGCUAAUAUCGUUCUUAAAAAAGCCGACAUUGAUCUUGACAAAAGAGCUGGCGAAUGUUCUGAGGAAGAGGUAGACAAAAUAAUUACCGUUUUAACUAAUCCAAGGCAGUACAAAAUUCCAGAUUGGUUUCUUAAUAGGCAAAAAGAUAUUCAAGAUGGAAAAUAUUCACAGCUAACAUCUACAAAUUUAGACAGCAAACUUCGUGAGGAUUUGGAAAGAUUAAAAAAAAUUAAAGCUCACAGAGGAAUGAGACAUUAUUGGGGCCUUCGUGUUCGUGGUCAACAUACCAAAACCACAGGAAGAAGAGGUAGAACUGUGGGAGUGUCUAAAAAGAAAUAA